UUAAUUAAAGAUAAUGAAAAUAUUUAUAAUUUAAUUCAAGACGAUACGAGUAUCUACGAUUUAACUCAAGACGAUGUGAGUACCUACGAUUUAACUCAAGAUAAUAAAAUUAUCUAUAAUUUAACUCAAGACAAUGAAAAUAUCUAUGAUCUAAGUCAAGAUAAUGAAAAUGUUUAUGAAUUGACUUAA